CUACUCCAGAACUGAUCCGAUAACGAGGGCACCAUUUAAUCUAUCUAGGUCGACUUUACAGGCUUCACUAGGUGUGUGACAAUUCCGUAAGGACAUUUAGACUCCAACAAUUACAGUUACCCAAAUCAUCACCAUGUUCAUUAAAGAGUCCGCUCUCCUUUUUAUCAUCCUGGGUGUCACCUUGGUACAUUCUGAGUGUGAACAUGGAUGGGUACAAUACAAGGAAAACUGUAUUCAUUUCAACAGCCAGAGAACCAACUGGAACCAGGCCGAGAUAGAGUGUAAAAAGCUUCAUGGCUGGCUGGCGUCUGACGAUUCUCAGGAUAAACACGACUUUCUCUACACAAUCGCAAAUGUCCUGGAAACAAUCAGAAUUUUCCCCUUCUACAUUGGAGCGACCGACUUCAUCUUUGAGGGCCAGUACAGGUGGGUGGAGACUGGAGCGUACGUUGGGCCUUUUACUAAGUGGCAGCCAGGGUAUCCUAACGGUAACUGGACAAACAACUGUCUGAUGUUGAACUGGAAUGGAACCGACCUGUUCUGGCAGGACGAGAGAUGUUCUAACAGUCAUUAUUUCAUCUGUGAGAAAAUGAGCAACACCACCCAAACACCUGUUGUCGGCUAAUGAAGUGAAACCCGUAAAUAUCCAAGGACAAUUCCUCUGAUGAAUCUUUGUUGUGUUACGCAUGUAGGAAAAUAAAGGCAUUGUCAAGGUCUUCCUUA